AUGGAUGUUUUAUCAAAAACAAGUCUAUAUAUCUUUCAUUCUAAGAAAGCCGCACCAUUUUACAUGGGCACGUUUAAAGCUAACAUAUUUAAUAUUAAAAAAAAGAAAGAUUUUUAUAAUUAUGUAUUUUUGUAUUGUUUUUAA